CUGUUUGGCCCAACACAAUAAACAAAUCCAUAUUUUUUGUUGUGUGAAUAUUUCAACUCUGUUAUAUGAAUACCGCCAACACAAUAAACAAAUGUUAAAAGACACGCCAAAAAGUACAUAUUUUUUGGUCUGGUUAGAUUCCGAACGAAAUAAAUUAAAAUGCUUUUGUUAAUAUAAUUUUUAAAGACAACAAACAAAUAGGAGGCAAUGGUCACAGUAGUAAUAUGAAAAAUGAACCUUUAAGAGAUAUAGAGAUAAAAUCACAUGAACGAGUUAGGAUUUGGUCUAGUGGUAAUAUCACUAAUUUUGAAUCUGAAGAUCUCAGGUUCGAUUCCAUUAGGGUUUGGCCUAGUGGUAAUACCACUAAAUUUGAAUCUGAAGAUCUUAGGUUCGAUUCCAUUAAGUAGUACCUAAGUCAUAAAAAUGAACCUAUAUCACCCAAUAUCCAAAAAAUAAAAUCACAUGAAUAAAAAGCGAAAUUCAUUGCAAAAUCCGAUGCUUUCAAAUCCCGUGGAGGAAAAAAGACGAGCUAGUAACAAGUAGAAAAGUUCUUAUUUUUUAAUUAAAUUGUAAAUGGACUGAAAAAGUUAGUGAUUCAUGGUUCACUUACUUAUCGACUAUCGUUAUAGACCCGAUAGUGGCUUGUGCAUGAAACCGGACAUACUUUAAUCGUUUGUGUAACACUCAGCAAAUUAUGUGUUAAUUAAUCUUGAGUCCAUUGCUCUUAAUUUUCAUGCUCCCGCAUACAUAACAUUUGUAUCAUAAUUAUUAGAGAUAACUACCUAUUCGUUAAUCAUAUUCUAACCUUUUUAUCACAUCCAAGUUUAUGGUUUCCUGAGAAAGAUCUGAAACCUCAAUGUAUUACAAUUGUCUCGAACCGUGGCUCUAGUACGAUAUUUUCUGGACGGUAAUUACAAAUGAAUCAAUUAAUAACAUGCAGUCAAGAGUGGCAUAAUCUAACCACAAUUAUAUAAGAUUUUGGAUGGAAUCAUCAAGCAAAAAUGUCAAGAUGGCCGAGUUGGUCUAAGGCGCCAGUUUCAGGUACUGGUCCGAAAGGGCAUGGGUUCAAAUCCCAUUCUUGACAAUUUUUAAUGAACAGUUGUACAAUAUUUUUUAUGAUCCGAAAAAAUUCAAACACAAAAGUCGACAAAAACAGAGACCAACAUCUUUCUGAAUUGAAUCGUCCAAGACACAUUUUUAGUAUGAAAGGGUUCAAAUUCCUUUCUUGACAAUUUUCUUCUAUAUCACAAAUGAAAGGUUGUACAUUUGUUUAUGAUAUGAAAAAACUCAAACACAAAAGUCGACGAAAAUAGAGACCAACAUCUUUCUGAAUUGAAUCGUCCAAGACAAUUUUUAGUAUGAUAAAAAUAGAAUUAUAAUAAAAAAAACUCAAACACAAAAGUCAAAAAAAUAGAGAUCAACAUCUUUCUAAAUUGAAUCGUCCAAGAGAACUUUUAGUAUGAUAAAAAUAGAUCUCAUAUCAAAAGUGUAAAGCGUGUUACAAGAUAACCCCCUUUUGUCAUGGGUUGCAAGCCCGGCCCGAUUCUAGAGCAGAGGUAAAUGUUGGGCUUCGGCCCACCUCUUUACCACUCAGCCAAGGUCCAGCCGGGGUUUGGUUUGGCGCCGUAGAAAUUGGAGAAUUGAGAGAGUCUGAGCGGGAGGGAGCUGCUACAGAGCCGGAGGGAGGGGCGAAGAUCGUAGUCGUCGGCGGCCGGAGCUUUUGAGGAAGAGAAAGAAAGAUAAUAAUGGGGUCCGACGCAGCAGCAGCAGUUACUCUUCCGGAAUGGGCAUCCACGCCUUGCAUUAUGGGGAUCGACGAAGCUGGCCGUGGUCCUGUUCUCGGUCCCAUGGUUUACGGAUGCUUGUACUGUGCUCGCUCCUACGAGAAAACUCUUUCCACCUUGAAUUUUGCUGAUUCAAAGACCUUGAAGGAAGAGAAGAGGGAGGAAUUGUUUGAAAGUCUCAAGGCUGACCAAUCAAUUGGAUGGGCUGUUGAUGUCAUAGAUCCAAGGGAGCUGUCCGCGAAAAUGCUUAGGAAGCAUAAGAUAAAUCUGAAUGAGAUAUCUCAUGACUCUGCCAGUGGCCUUGUGAAGAGAGUGCUGAACAUGGGAGUCCUUUUAGCAGAGGUCUAUGUCGAUACGGUUGGAGAUCCAGAGAAAUAUAGAGUUAAACUGUCUGAAAGAUUUCCAUCCAUCAAAUUCGUUGUGGCAAAGAAGGCUGAUAGUCUCUACCCGGUUGUGAGUGGAGCCAGCAUAGCUGCCAAGGUCACUAGAGAUAGAGCCCUGCGAGAAUGGGUGCUUGAUGAAACAUACAAAGACAUUGGCAGGAAAUUUGGUUCUGGAUACCCUGGAGACCCGGAUACCAAAGCAUGGUUGGAGCAACACAAACACAGAGUGUUUGGCUUCCCGUCGUUAGUUCGUUUCAGUUGGGGAACAUGUAAUUCCUACUUCAAAGAUGGUGUAGAAGUCUUGUGGGAGGCUGACAGGGAUGAAGAAGAUAUUGGCAGCAGCAAUGGCAAACGACAAUUGAAGUUGAGCAACUUUGGCGUAACUACCUCCAAAAAGAAGAAGGAAGAAGAAGUUGAAUCAAGUGGUAAAGGGCGCUGCAAAUUUUUCGAGACGAGGCAACUUGAACAACUUGCUGAUUUCUAACGUUAAUUUCUUUCCUGUUUUGACUCUCUCAAGUCUAAUGCUACACUGCUACAUUCCGAUCCCUGUGUCAUUGUAUCAUUAAAUUGAUGAACCUCCCCAAUUAGACUAGACAAUCAUGGUGGCUAAAUACAAGAGGAAAUCUCAUGUGUGUUUUCGAUCUCUGAUAGGCUACAUCAUGCAUUUGACACAGAAGGCUCUUUGAUUCAAUUCUUUUUCUCUUCAUAAUCACCAGUUGAGUUACAGCAAGACAUGCAGAGAAUUGUAUCGCUAUAUGUACAACAAUAGGAACUUCGAUGUUAUGGCGCUCCAAGCAGAAACAUCAUCUGGGGAAAACCAAGACCAAGUCAACCAACAACAGCAUCGAUGUAAUUAAGGACGUAUAUUAUAAUCCCGGAAUCAACUCUCCGACUUGUUUAUGUUUGAAGUACCAUCUCCGACUUGUUUAUGUUUGAAGUACCAUGACAUAUUUGCACCGGGAAUAAACUGCUCUAUAGACACACAAACGUUAGCGAAAAACCAAGUGUUGUACCAACCUGCAAAUUAGAUCACAAAAGUGAAAUCCUUUCAGAAGUAUUAGCCAUUAUGUGAUCUUUCUGAUGAUCUUUAAAUUUACACUUAUAUUUUGUCUAAAAACCUGAUCGUAGUGAGGAAAAGGAAACAUGGUUGGUCACAACUCACAACUCACUGGGGUGUAAUUUACACAAAAAGUAAAAAUGUUGUAGUGCA